CUGAUCGGAACGCGUUUGUAGUAAAACGAAUAGACAUUGACAGGGAGUCGUUAAAAUUCCAAAUGCCACUGUCCGUGUUUGUGCAUAACAGCACAACGCUUUAACGCUUAGAGAAAAAUUCUGAUAAGAAAACGUUUCUUGCCGGUUUCGUUACACAAAGAAAAGCUGUAGAAAUAUAUGAUAUUUAGCAUAAGUUAAGUAAGCUAGGAAGAUGGAUGCUUUACCGCAAAGCUUAUCUCUGUUCAUUACUCACGUGGACAAAGAAGGUCCCUUUCUAAAAGUGUGGGGGCAAACCGAAAAAAACAAUUCAAUUUAUGUGGAACAAUUUCUGCUGAGUGCCUCCCAACAAUUCGACCAGGGCAUCGGCGUUCUGCCAUUCGAAGCUUUACAAGUCAACACUCUGGUAUGCGCCAAAUAUAAAGACAACAAGUAUUACAGGUCGAGGAUAUUGAACAUUCUACAUCCAUUCUUCGUUGAGGUGUAUUUCAUAGAUUAUGGAAAUAAGGAUAUAGUACCAAGUGACAACAUACGAAGUUUACAAACUUUUCCGACAUCAUUCAUUUCCAUUCCACCUCUUUCAACAGGUUUUAUUAUUGCAGAAGCUCAUUGUCCAGGUGUGUAAAAAAUACAAUAACAUUAUAGUAAAACUGGUAAUAUGGACAAUACCUAGAAAGUAAUAUGUAUCAAGGUAGUACCGAACUUUCAUAUCCAGACAAUCGAAUAUGUGAACACGUUUGUCGAAAUUUGUGCCAAAGCACUUAAAAACCCCUUUCCAAUCUGGCAUUUGUGAUCUCUCAUGCG